CGAACACUCUGCCAUCCACUUCAGUCAGUUUGGCAGAGAAAUUACGUACAAAAUUGUGCUCUUAAAAACUCGCAGAAACGUCGUAUUCUGUGGUUGUUGUAAUAUUAGUGAGUCACUUUUGGAAUCAGUCAACUCAUACAAAGACACGGGUGUGGCACACUGAGGUGAUAUAAAAUGGAAGUAUCACAUAGGCUCAGUUGUAGGUAAACUAGAUGGCAGAGUGGACGAGACACUGGAUGAAUGCGGUGAGUCUACAAGGGAGACAGCUUACAGAACACUCGUGUGGUCCAUCCUAGACUAUCGCUCAGGUGUGUGGGACCCAUUACAAAGAGAACUAACAGGGAAUAUUGAACGUGUACAGAGAAGAGCUAGUGGGAAUAGACAAAGUAGUGUUGGCGUGAAAGCCUGCUUACAGGAAAUUCCAGAGCCAGCAGUGGGUGAGCAGGGCUCAGCCGGCGUGGGGGCGUGUGCCCAAGUUCUGCGAGGGGCUCUCCCACACCCUCCCCCCCAACCUCUCAGCCCCUUCUCCAACGCAGGUCACACACUUCCGUCACGUUCAAAAGAAUUCUAACUUCCGUCAUUAAUGUAGUACCAGUGUAUCAGCAGACUGAUACCGCAGGGGACCUACUGUCGUUGUAGGAAAAUAGUUAAUUGGACAAGAAAUCUUAAUAGUUAUGGUUAUUACUAAAAUGUUAAUAAUAAGACUACUACGGAAAAGCUUCCAAUUCAAUGAAAUUGAAAACCAGGUAAGGUUCACAAAUUUUGCUUCAUCACUCGACUGUGCUCUGUGUUCACAAGAAAUUAACUGAGUUGUAGGUUAUGAACACAAAGGGUAUACACAAAACAUCUUUUCCUCGCUUUUUGAAGAGCAAAUUCAUGGCUUGUAUCUUAAGAACUCAAUUUUGGAACCACGCCGUGUUCUAUUGACAACAUGCCCGUCAUGGUGCUUCGGAAAUAAUUCUUGACGAGCUCUGAACGUGGGAAGCUUGUUUCAGCGGAGGCGACAGUUCCUGGCACGGCUGGCUAAAUUCUGUGGGCGAUAUAAACGCCGCGAAACGGGUUUGCAGUGUCAGUCGAGUAUUUCAGUAUUAACGUAGGAGUUGUCACGUCAUCGGGCACCAUUUCUCUGAGCACAUUAAUGUCUGUCAAAAGAGAUGAAGCAACAAUGUCUUUCGAAAUUUCACAAUUUGUGUUUACACUUAGCUCUUUCUCAAGGUUUUUAGAUAGUAUCUUCAGUUCUUCAUCCUGUAUGUAUUUUAAACUGUCUGGAUAAAACAAAAAGCGAGUGUUUUGGAAUGCUUAGCUAGUUGGCCAAACCCCUCUUUCUAACUUUUUAACACUGUCUCAACGACAGAGUAGAAAAAAUCGCUCCUAUAUGUCCCCUCUGAAGGUUGAGCUCUGCAAACCUUGUCGUCACCUUCAAAAUCAAAUUGCUUCGACUUCUUGCCAGUUCUCCUUUCUCCAAAUUUUGGUCAAGUCUGCGAAGUUUCAGGUAUCUCUUUCGCUAUUAACUGCACAUUAACGAAACCUCCUUCGCAGAAAUUCCCAAUAAACGUAAUUAGACUUUCGAGGGAUUUAGUUGCCACUUUCACGUCAACGUCUGCUGCUCGAACUGCCUUAAUUGUUGCGCUAAUGGCAAAGACAAGGCCAUACUAUACGACAACGCCUACAAUAAACUCGAAGCUUUUCAAAUCGUCCACAGCAAGCGAGUGAGCUCCGCUCUUUGUUUUCGUUUCAACAGCGCUGUUGCUCACCUCAGGCAGGGCGCCUCUGACUUCUCUCGUCUGGCGCUUUAACAGCUUUGACACUCUCCACCCUACUCUGAAUCUGAAAGAUUCAUCGCUGUUCAAGUUGGCGCCCUGCGCAAUAAAUUUCCCAUCUCUGAGUGGAUGCACUGAAAAUAACGUAUAUUCUUUAAAUUACACCAGAAAAUGUGAUUGCUUUUGCAGUAGAUUUCGCCGCAUCUGAUAACACAAGACUGUGGCUGUCACAUGGCAUAUAAAAUGCUCUUGGUUUGCAGCUUAAUAUUCUGGCUUGAACACCAGUUCGAUAACCUUUUAUAAUCCAUAACGUUGGCUUCUGCAGUCAUGAAUAUCGAGUCCUAGUUUAUCUAGUUCCGACAAAACGGUUCCAGUCAAACUUUCUUCUGUUGUUGAAGUGACGUUCAGAAAGUCGGGGAAGUGUUCUUCUACAGUCGUUGCGUCUUCUGAUAAAUUUACAGACCUAAGAAUCAAUGUCAUUUGUUCCUUGUGGCAUGUACCAGGAGUACAAUGAAGCAUGUCAGAAAAAUAUUUACUGUCCUUCACAGAAUUAACAAUGCUGUUUUUUACUUUGUUGGCAAGCAAAUUUAUGAGUUCAUUUUGAAUGUUUUUUUCCAAGAAAAUGGUCAUGACUUACUUGAGCCUUUAGCCACCUCUAAUGUUGCUGCAAAACAGGGUCAAAUUCUGCUGUCUUUCGAUCAAACCAAGAAAAGUACCAUUAUUUCCUUGAUACAGCUUGUCGCUGCCUCCCUUUACGGCAAUAUUACUUUGAGCUAGGUACCUGAGGGUGAGUAUAAUUUAUUUUAGAAACUGACGCUAAUGUUCUUUCUCUUUUUCCAGUAGUUCAAGGUCAGUAUGAUCAAUAACACUUUGUUGUUUCAAAUUACCUCGCAUUCUAUCCAGUUUCUUGUACUGUUUAUGUUGUUAAAUUAUUGUUCACGCUCUUGAAUCCGAUUUCCUAAAUGAACCCAGCCACAGAGUCCAUCGCCUGAUAGCUUGCUUGAAGGAGAUCGCAUAUGUUUACAAUAAAAACAAAGAACGUUGUCGGUAGGUUUCGAAUACUUAAGCCAUUUACGAUCAUUGUUUUUCUCAAUUUGGUAAACUUCUUAUGUUAAAAAUGAGUUGAAAAUUCUCUUCCAUUCUCGUUUAAAGGAUACUCAAAACUUACAAUUUUAGUAGGGCCUUUAUGUAAAAUUCCAUUUAUCAUUGUGGAUGUUAACCUAUUAUGCCAAGUGCCUGGGUCCAAACUCGUGGCUGCUCCACAACUGCUAGUAGUAGGCCUACCCGAAUGUGGGACAGCGGGAGGUCCGUAUUCCAGUGCUUGUGUUCACUUGCAUCUCAAGCACCACACGAUGAGAGGCUGCUGUUAAGGACAUGGCCUUUUAAGCACGCUUAAGUCUCACUCUCUGACGUUGUUGGUCGGAGAAAUUUUUCGGAAGCGCCUUCUUGUGAGUUCAAAAACUGUUCAGUUGUAGCUUUUUCUUGAUCUUUUGAGCACGUGGAUCGUAUUUUUUAAACCUGUCCUAUCACGAAACGUUUCCCUGUUCGCACUUUGAACUCCACGGGGCGGGGAAAAACACUGUAUCUUCACACACAGUGCACACACAACACGUGAGGUGGCGAAGUAGUGCAGGCAUAUGUUUAAACUGACGACAAUAAAACAAUCAUUCUGUGGGAAACAACCUGCUGACGAGUGGGAUGUAAUGCUUCAUUGUGAUCCACAGCAAUGAGUAGAAAUGGCGCGGACAGGGGCUGAGAAGCAAUGAACCGAAUAUAUGCAUGGGCAACAGCCAUGUGUUGACAAUAAACAGUACUGUAGUGUGUCGGUAUCACAAAAACCCUGGUUCCCUCUACCCCGGUGCGGGCAUAAUUUUCUGAGAGGUACUCCAGUGGCCACAGUCGUUUCACAAUGAGCGUAGAAUUGAAUUACAUUACGUGAAAAGUACUUUCACAAACGUGUUACUUAUUUUUUUUCAGCCUGUCCGCAAUAACAAAAUUAAGGCGACAGUCUUCGUAUUACAUUCGCAUGUUCUGCGCGGGUCCCUGGAAGCGCUGCCGGCUGUGUGGGGCCCCCGUAGCAGGCUGCAGUUGGUACCUGCCGGCCUCGCAGCCGUUGGCAGCACUGACUGCGUGCCACAGCCCUGCCGCUUCAGGCGUCUGUCGCAUUUGUAGCGAGUCGUGUCCAGUGUGACGUUCUGCGUUGGGGUUUCGUGCUGCUGUUUCUGCGCCGAGAGUUUCUUCUGCUACACCCACACCCUUAAUAAGAAUCGUCCGCAAUGGAAGCAGUUAAGGACAUCACAGAGACGGUGGCUGUCGACCUGGGGGACCUGCUGGACGCCGGGGACGACGCCAUGGUGAUACUCGAGGCAGGUGAGACUCGGCUGGUGGUGCACAGGGCCGUCCUGGCGGACAGGAGCCCUGUGUUCGCGGCCAUGUUCGCCCACGACACCCUCGAGGCGAGCACUGGCGUGGUGAGGAUUGCCGACAUCGGGGGCCCGGUGCUGAGGCAGCUGGUCUCCUACCUGUACACCCAGCGGGCCCCCCAGCUGCCCGGCACGGCCCCCCAGCUGCCCGGCACGGCCCCCCAGCUGCUGGCUGCAGCAGAUAACUACGGGGCGUCGCGGCUGAAGGCGGAGUGCGAGCGGCAGGUGGCCGCUCAGCUGACCGUGGAGACCGCGGCGGCCGCGGCCGUCCUCGCAGUCCGCCACUCCUGCAGUGACCUCAGGCGAGCCGCCAUCGAAUUUAUUAAGGCACGUACCCACGAGGUGAUGGCCACUCAGGGGUGGGCAGAUGCGAUGCUUCAUCAACCUAAGGACUUGAUCGAAGUGAGCAGAUUGCUGUAUGAUCCACCACCACAAACCAGUGCACCAGUCGUUACAGAGCUGAGGACCACCACCACCACCAGCACCACAACCACAACGAGAACCACCACAACCACAACCAGAACCACCACCGCUGCCACCGCCACCUCUGCCAGCGCACCCCGCCAGACACCUGCUGCUGCGCGGCCCACGACUCCUCCACCUGAUCAGGCCACAGUCUCUCAAAUGCGGAGCCUCUCUGCAGAGGAGAGGGGCAGGAGGCUGGUCCAGGCGGCUCAGCAGCGGGCAGUGGGGGAGCUGAGGGCGCUGAUCGCCGCAGGGGCCGACGUGGAGGCGAGGGGCGUGCCGUGGGGGUGGACCGCCCUGCACUGGGCAGCGCGCAGGGGAGACGUCGAGGCGGCGAGGCUGCUGGUGGGGGCGGGGGCGGCGGUGGACGCCAGGACUGACGGUGGGUGGACGCCGCUGCAUGUUGCGGCAUGCUAUAGCCGCGCAGAAGUGGCGGCUGCGCUGCUCGUCGCGGGGGCCGACAGGGGGGCCACAACUGGUGGUGGGCGGACAGCGCUGGACAUCGCCAGGCAGUACAACAGGAGGCGGCUGGUGGAGAUGCUGUCAUGAGGCAGGCAGUCCAGCGAACUCUGUGCAAAAAAACAGGAACUGAAAGAGUUUGUACCAGAGCAAUAUUCAUAAGUUUUUAAAUAAAGAUCCAAAAAACUCAA